GAAUCACUGAUGAAACUACAUUGUAGCAGGCAGGGAGGAACAGAAGGUAACAACCUAUCAGUAACUAUGUGGAUCUUGGUGGCCUCUGUAUUCUGCCUGGUGACUACUCUCAAUCACGCUGAGAACACCUGCCCAGAUGUAAAGCUUGUGGGGAUUGGGGAAUCUGAUAAAUUGGCCAUUCUUCGAGGAUGCCCUGGGCUGCCGGGAACUUCUGGACAAAAAGGAGAAACUGGUCCGUCUGGAGAAAAAGGACCUAAAGGAGAACCUGGGAAAGCUGGACCUACAGGGCAGACAGGAACAGCAGGUUCUCCAGGACUAAUAGGACAAAAAGGAGAGAAGGGGGAUGCAGGCUCCACAGAACCAAUUUAUGCUGCUCGCAACUGCAAGGAGCUGCGGAACCUGGGCUCUGUCCUCAGCGGGUGGUACAAAAUAUAUCCGGAUGGUAUAAAGCCUCUUACAGUCUUGUGCGACAUGGACACAGAUGGUGGAGGAUGGAUUGUUUUUCAGAAACGAUGCGAUGGCACUGUAAAUUUUUUCAGAGAAUGGGAUGACUACAAACGAGGCUUUGGCAACCAACUGAACGAGUUCUGGCUAGGAAAUGAUAACAUUCACAGACUGACAUCUUCAGGAACCAAUGAGCUUCGAGUUGACCUGACAGAUUUUGAAAACAACUAUAGUUUUGCAAGCUAUGCUUCCUUCGCUUUGCUAGGAGAAGAGGACAAUUAUAAGCUGAGCAUUGGAGCUUUCAGCGGAAGCAGUGCAGGUACAGGUGACUCUCUUAGCUAUCAUAACGACCGUCCCUUCACGACAAAAGACAGGGACAAUGAUAUACAUGACAGCAACUGUGCAACUAUGUUUAAAGGAGCUUGGUGGUAUGGAGGCUGCCAUAAUGCCAACCUGAAUGGACAAUAUCUGAGAGGGACACAUACCAGCUACGCAGACGGAAUUAAUUGGGAAUCUGGCAAGGGAACACAUUACUCUUAUAAAAUAACGGAAAUGAAGUUCAGGCCUCUCUAACCUGUAUCUACACACUGUGUGCAUCAUUUAAUUUGAAAUAAUGCCUGCAAAAAUAUCUGUUAUGUUGCAUAGAAUACUCAAGGGAUGAAACCUUUAGCCUGUGGACAAACAAGUGACUCAGGCUCUUCUAGCAGUGUGUAACAAUAGGAAAAAUGGCCAUUGUCAAUCCCUGGGCCCUGAUUGGUCUAACAUGAUUGUGGUUAUAAGUGGUCAAAGUAAAAUCAUUUUCUUUUUAAACUGUUUUCUCUUAUUGAAGUAACUCACACAUGUUCUAUAUAGUCAUAUUGAGUUACAAACUGUCACGUUACAAUACAUGAUGUAAUGCACAGUACAGAAGCCAAUAAGAAUAGUACAGAUAUCUCAGGAGAAAACAAGUGCUGUCUAUUCGCAUUAUACAGCUAUGAAAAGCUAAUUAACCGUUUAUUGAUUUUUUACGUAAUAAACACAGAAUGUAAUUGAA